CGUGUAAAGACGCGACCAACCGUGGGCGAGUUGCGCGCAUCGCCUCAGCCAUCGGAUCCACGGGCGUGUAGUUACCUCUGCUCGUGGCCUGAACGGGAAGAUGGCGUUGCACGUUCCGAAGGCUCCUGGCUUUGCCCAGAUGCUGAAGGAAGGAGCGAAGCAUUAUUCUGGAUUGGAAGAAGCUGUGUUUCGAAACAUUCAAGCAUGUAAAGAACUUGCUCAGACAACUCGCACAGCCUAUGGCCCAAAUGGGAUGAACAAAAUGGUUAUUAAUCAUUUGGAAAAGCUUUUUGUUACUAAUGAUGCUGCUACCAUUUUAAGAGAAUUGGAGGUUCAGCAUCCUGCAGCAAAAAUGAUUGUCAUGGCUUCUCAUAUGCAAGAACAAGAAGUUGGUGAUGGGACAAAUUUUGUUCUUGUUUUUGCUGGUGCUCUUCUUGAACAUGCUGAAGAACUUCUAAGAAUGGGACUUUCUGUUUCAGAGGUGAUUGAAGGCUAUGAAAAAGCUUGCAGGAAAGCUUUGGAAAUUCUGCCUGAUCUUGUGUGCUGCUCUGCAAAAAAUCUUCGGGAUGUUGGAGAAGUGGCAUCCUUGUUACAAACUUCUGUAAUGAGUAAACAGUGUGGUAGUGAAAGUUUUCUAACGCAGCUUAUUGCUCAAGCAUGUGUAUCCAUUUUUCCUGAAUCGGGUCACUUCAAUGUUGAUAACAUCAGAGUAUGCAAAAUUUUAGGUUCUGGUAUUAAUGCAUCCACUGUAUUGCAUGGCAUGGUAUUUAAGAAAGAAACUGAGGGUGACGUUACUUCUGUUAAAGAUGCUAAAAUAGCUGUCUACUCCUGUCCUUUUGAUGGCAUGAUAACAGAAACUAAGGGCACAGUACUGAUAAAAAAUGCUGAAGAACUGAUGAAUUUCAGCAAAGGAGAAGAGAACUUAAUGGAGCUACAGGUCAAAGCUAUUGCUGACACCGGUGCAAAUGUGGUAGUUUCAGGUGGAAAAGUGGCAGACAUGGCCCUACAUUAUGCAAACAAAUACAAUCUUAUGUUAAUCCGGCUGAAUUCCAAAUGGGACCUCAGGAGACUAUGUAAAACAGUUGGUGCUACAGCUCUGCCCAGACUGACUCCACCUAAUUUAGAAGAAAUGGGCCACUGCGAUAGUGUGUAUUUAUCAGAAGUUGGGGAAACACAAGUUGUUGUGUUUAAACAUGUAAAGGAAGAUGGAGCUAUUUCAACAAUAGUGAUUCGUGGUUCCACAGACAACCUAAUGGAUGAUGUAGAAAGAGCAGUUGAUGAUGGUGUAAAUACUUUCAAAGUACUCACUCGGGAUAAGCGCCUUGUCCCAGGGGGUGGUGCAACUGAGAUUGAAUUGGCAAAACAGAUAACGUCAUAUGGAGAGACUUGCCCAGGUCUUGAUCAGUAUGCAAUCAAGAAAUUUGCUGAGGCAUUUGAAGCUAUUCCCCGAGCUCUGGCAGAAAAUUCUGGAAUUAAAGGAAAUGAGCUUAUUUCAAAGCUAUAUGCAGUACAUCAAGAAGGCAGUAAAAAUGUUGGAUUUGAUAUUGAGGCUGAAGCUGCAGCUGUGAAAGAUAUGUUGGAAGCAGGGGUAUUAGAUACGCAUCUUGGAAAAUACUGGGGUAUCAAGUUGGCUACAAAUGCUGCAGUAACAGUAUUGAGAGUUGAUCAGAUUAUUGUGGCCAAAACAGCAGGUGGUCCAAAAGCCCCUCAAGCAUCAGAUCACUGGGACAAGGAUGACUGGAAAGAUGCCCCUGAACAAUAGUGUACAAUUAUCAUGGCCAAACCAGCUGGUGGCCCUAAACCGCCAUCAGGGAAAAAGGAAUUGGAUGAUGACCAAAGUGAUUGAAAUAGUUAAGCACACAUAUAGACGUUGUGUAUCUUGCCAAAUGUGUUCAAAUUACCUUUAAAUUAUGAAACUAAUCUGUAAUAGAAGUUACCUUGAAGCAUUUCAAUAAAAACAACUGUCUUUUUGUCUGA